AUGGAAGGUGUUAUUGUCAGAGUGGUUUUGGUGACCUGUCUGUCGCAGAGUGAUUGUGAAAAUGCUACUGGAACACAGUUGUGCCAUCCUGACAUUUAUAAUUUCGUGAAAGAAUUUGGAGUCAUGACAGAAAAAGUGAGAUCUAUGGAAGCCAGACUUAAGGACAACAGUGAAAAACAGAUUUUGGUGCUGCAAUACAAAGAAAGAACAAAGGUAAUAUUCAGUGCAGCAGGAGGAAGAGGAGAUAUACCAAUUGGACCCUUCAACACAGAAACUACAUUAGCCUUCAAAAGAGUGAUUACAAAUAUUGGAGAUGCGUAUAAUGAAUUCACAGGAGUCUUUAUAGCACCUGUUGCAGGAAUUUACUACUUUUCCAUUUUUUAUCAUUCUGGAAGAAACGGAAUGCUGAAACUGUACAAGAACAAUCAUGUGAUUGCCAUGACCCAUCAUUACCAGCCGGAACAACAUGGAUCUAAAAAUGGAGGAAAUGCAGUAUUCCUGCAGAUGCAGACAGGAGAUCAAGUGUAUGUGUGCCUGGGUGCAAACUCACAAGUUUGGGGAUCAAACUAUCAUACGACUUUCAGUGGAUAUUUAGUUACUCCAAUAUGA